CGAUGGACCCUCUCUCUGGACGAGUGGUCCCGUGGUCCCGACUCCCGGCGGUCCCGACGCGAAUACGAGUCGCGUAGCGCUACAGUAGUGGCUGCCGCCGCUCGGCAACCGGACGGCCAGGCGUGCGACGUGAUGUGGUUACUGGAGCCCGCAGCGCGUUUCCUUCUUCCUCUCUUUUGCCCCGCGCGAUCGCCUCUACUCCUCACGGAGGCUCCCGACCACGGAGGCUCCCGGACCCUGUGUCUCUCCCGCUCGGUAUUGACUCUGGUCCAACCGGAUUCCCAUUGAUCCUGCCACCGACGCGGUGAAAGUACUCGAGAAAGAGAGAGAGACCAACUCCACGUGGUGCACGGCCCCUCCGCGGCCCCGACGUAGCGGCUACCUCACCCGAAUAUACCUCUCGCGAGUAUAGUACCCUCGGCGCCGCGACGAUCGAGCGAGAGACAUGAGGCGGACCGUGGACCUGCUUGUCUGGACGUUGCUGGUCCCGCCGCUCCUGUUCGCGACGGAUCCCUCGCAGAAGGCCGCUGGAGCAACGGUGGAAUGCCCAGAGAAAUGCGUGUGCUACAACAGCACGACGCAGGUGCGAUGUAUGUUCCUAAAGCUGACCCAGGUACCGCGGGCGCCCGCCAAUGCCACCGUUCUAGAUCUCCGAUUUAACAACAUCGCGGAAGUGCGCGCGGGGUCGUUCGCCGGACUGAAGAAGCUGCACAGCCUGCUGCUGAACGACAAUCACAUCCGACGGCUGCCGGUGGGCGCGUUCGAGGGCGCACCGAAUCUACGGAUACUCUACUUGUACAAAAAUCGCAUAGAGCACAUCGCGCCGGGCGCGUUCGCGGGGCUGCCGCGACUCGAGCAGCUGUACCUGCAUCACAACCACCUGCGGGAGAUCCAACCGGGCACGUUCAACAAUCUGCCGACGCUGGAGCGCCUGUUCUUGCACAGCAACAAGCUCCAUCGGCUACCGGCGGACGCGUUCGUCAACGUCGGCCCGAUGACGCGGCUGCGUCUCGACAGCAACGCGCUCAUCUGCGACUGCAACCUGGUCUGGCUGGUGGAACGCCUGCGGGACAAGCCUACGGAGAUGGCCGCGAUCUGCCAAUCCCCGCACAACAUGAAGGGUCGCUCCUUAACAACGAUGUUGCCCGAGGACUUUCAUUGCACAAAGCCGCGCAUCAUAGAAGGCCCGGAAGACACCGUAGUACGAUUUGGUGACACGAUGACGUUGAGAUGUCGAGUAACGGGUGAUCCGGCGCCGAAGAUCAAAUGGAUGAAAAACAGGCGGAGAUACUCGUGGGAGGCGGACGAUGAUAACGAGAAGUACGUGAUCCACGAGGACGGCGAGAAAUAUGUAAUCCGCGAGGACGGCACCUUGGUGGUCUCCGGCACGACCGAGCAGGACAGCGGGAUGUACGAGUGCGUAGCCAGCAGCGACAUGGGCUCGAUAAAAUCCAGGAAAGCCAGGACGGUGAUUACGGCGGCGUCUCGGUUGAUACUCGCCGAGAGACCGGAGUCGCAGAACGUGAGCGCCGGCACCGACGUGACCUUCUCCUGUCGAGCGCUAGGCAGUCCCAGGCCCGAUAUUCGCUGGUCCCGAGACGGCCGACCGGUCUCCUUCGGCGACAGAGUCUCGCUCGAGAACGACGGCACCUCGCUGCGCAUCCUCGCGGUUAAGAAAACCGACGCGGGCCAGUACGAGUGUUAUCUCAGGAGUAUCGAUCACAUGGUCCACCUCCUCGCGGACUUGAACGUCGUUGACUUCACCGCGCCCCAGCUCAUCUUCAAACCGCAAGACAUGGAGGUGGAACUGGACGCCACCGUUGAGGUACCUUGCCGGGCCGACGGCAGCCCGAAGCCGGUGAUGCAAUGGAAGAAGGACGGUAGCGCGCUCGAAGGCAACCGGGUCAAGAUUAUGCGUGGGGGCAGUCUUGUUAUAUUCAACGUGAUUCCGCAGGACUCUGGCAGAUACGAGUGCUCGGCUAUAAACGACUACGGCCGCGCAACCGCCGGUGCCUUUGUGCGCGUUCGGCAGCCCAGCGCAACGGAUGCGCUCGUCGUACGAGCCUUCCAAAGUGCCACCGAGGAGAUCGACCGUGCCAUUAAUAAAACGCUGUCCUCUCUCUUCAGUCCCGACGGCUCCAAACACGUUAAUCCAUUCCGGCUGGCGCGGUUUCCGAACGCGGUCGGUCGCGCGGCCGCCAGGCCCGCCGAGCUCUUCGAGAGAACCCUCGUCAAUAUCCGACGUAUGGUGGACGCCGGCAGUAAGGCAAACGUCACUGGCGAAUUUCGUUACGAGGAAAUCUUGACGCCCGAACAGGUGAAGGAAAUUGAGCGAUUGUCCGGGUGCACCGGUCACAGGCGUCGACAGAAUUGCACCAACAGGUGCUUCCACCACAAAUACCGGAGCGUGGACGGCAGCUGCAACAAUCUGCGCCAUCCUACUUGGGGCUCGUCCUACACGGGAUUCCGAAGGAUACUGCAACCCAUCUACGAAAACGGCUUCUCGAUGCCGGUCGGCUGGGAGAGAGGACGGCGGUACUACGGUUAUCCGAAGCCCGCCGCACGCCUGGUGUCGACCACCUUGAUCUCCACCCACGAUAUUACGUCGGACGAUCAGAUCACCCACAUGGUGAUGCAGUGGGGUCAGUUCCUGGACCACGAUCUCGACCACGCGCUACCGUCGGUGUCGAGCGAGUCGUGGGACGGAAUCGACUGCAAGAAGUCCUGCGACAACGCCGCUCCCUGCUUCCCGAUGGAAGUGCCGGCGGGUGACCCGCGCGUCAGCAACAGACGGUGCAUCGACUUUGUGAGAACCAGCGCCGUGUGCGGCUCCGGCGCGACCAGUAUACUGUGGGGCGACGGCCUGACGCCGCGGGAACAGCUGAAUCAGCUGACUAGCUACCUGGACGGCUCGCAAGUCUACGGCUACGACGACGAGCUGGCGCGGGAUCUCCGCGACUUGACGACGGAUCGCGGACUGCUGCGUGAAGGUCCCACGUUCCCCGGCCAUAAACCCCUGCUGCCGUACGCGUCCGGCCAGUUUGUCGACUGUCGUAGGAAUCCACUCGAGAGUUCGAUCAACUGCUUCGUAGCCGGCGACAUUCGCGCCAACGAGCAGGUCGGCCUGCUGGCCAUGCAUACCUUGUGGCUGCGCGAGCACAACCGCAUCGCUCGCGCGCUACGCGAGAUGAAUCCACACUGGAACGGCGAGAAACUCUAUCAGGAAGCGAGGCGUAUCGUCGGCGCCGAGAUGCAGCACAUCACUUAUCGGUACUGGCUGCCGCGGGUAUUUGGAGCGGCGCUCGACGACUCGUUGCCGCCGUACCGAGGCUACGAUUCCAACGUCGACGCCAGCAUAUCCAACGUUUUCGCCACCGCCGCUCUGCGUUUCGGUCAUUCGCUCAUCCAGCCGCGCCUCGAGCGCCUGAACGCCUCCUUCCGACCGAUUCCUCAGGGUCCUCUCAAUCUGCGAGACGCCUUUUUCGCGCCCUGGCGACUGGUGGAGGAGGGCGGCGUCGAUCCUCUGGUCCGAGGUAUGUACGCCACAGCGGCGAAGCUCAAGCUGCCCGAGCAGAAUCUCAACGUCGAGCUCACCGAACAGCUGUUCCGUACCGCUCACGCGGUCGCGCUCGAUCUAGCGGCGAUGAAUAUCCAGCGAGGGAGAGAUCACGGGAUUCCCGGCUAUGUGGAGUGGCGCGCUUACUGCAACAUGUCCCGCGUCGAGACGUUCGAGCAUUUGGCUGACGAUAUCAGCAGCGCACGAGUGCGACAGAAGCUGCGCGAGCUCUACGGCCACCCGGGCAAUAUAGACGUCUGGGUCGGCGGUAUUCUCGAGGAUCAAUUGCCGGGGAUGAAGGUCGGGCCGUUGUUCAAGUGUCUUCUCUUGGAGCAAUUCCGGCGAACGCGCGACGGCGAUCGCUUCUGGUAUGAGAAUCCGAGCGUCUUUCGCGCGGAGCAGCUCGCGCAGAUCCAGCAAGUGUCGCUGGCCAGAAUCCUGUGCGACAACGGCGAUAAUAUCACUCGCGUGCAGCCCGACGUCUUUCUACUGCCCGAAGGUCGCAACGACUUUGUCAGUUGUGACGAGAUCCCCUACAUGGACCUGAGCGCGUGGUCCGAUUGUUGCGACAAUUGCGAGGACAAUCGCGACAAUACCAUAUCCCGCGCGCGCAGAGAAGCUGCCAAGUAUCUUGCACCCAGCCACGACUACGUCGAGGACACGCGCUCGUUGAAUCGCGACGAGAAAAUUCUAUAUUUGCAGAGGCUGUUUGAAGAGAGUGACCGAGAGGCAAGGAGAUUGCAAGAGCAGGCCAGCGAUUUGGCGCGGAAAGUGAAAGAACUCGACUCACUUUUACAAGACAUUAGAACACAACGAUAGAAAGCCGAACAUGUACAAGAUUUUGAUGCUUUCGCUCUCUUCCUUCCUUCCCUUUUCUAUCGCAGACAUUGCCGAUAUCCUCGAUGCAUUUAUUGUUGUAAAUAGGCGCAUUUGCACAAGUAGCAUCGCGCGAUCGUUUCUUUUAGACUAACGCAGCUAUUA